AUGUCCUGGCUCAAGCGGCGAGCAGGUCCAUUGAUAGUUCUCGGAACCUCAGCCGUUGGGGGCGCCGUGUACCGCUUCACCAGAUCCGCAGACCGAUCCGACGCAUCGCUGAACCCGCAUGAUUUCACGCCGUACACGCUCGUAGACAAGCAACCCGUCUCUUCCACCAGCGCAAUCUUCACAUUGCGCAACAGCAAUGGCGUAUCGGACACAGAGAGCGUAAAGGAGGUGUGGAAGCGAAGCGUCUGGAGCGUUCAGAUUAAGCAACCACAAUUACAGAUUGCACGUGCAUACACACCGCUGCCCCCUACGCCUCCCGAUCAAAAGCAUGGCGAGAACGAGCCGGAAGACAUGAGGUUGCUCAUACGGCAGGAACAGGGCGGCGAGGUUUCGACCUACCUGCACCGCCUACCCGAACAGUCCACGGUCGAAUUGCGAGGACCGAAUACCGAACUCAAGCUUCCCCGCGACAUCAUAGAGGUUGUCUUUCUGGCAGGCGGAACUGGCAUAGCACCCGCAAUGCAGGUUGCGCAGGCGCUGGCAAGAAGGACUGGAAGUCGGAUGCACAUACUAUGGGCGAACAGACGCCGUGAAGAAUGCGAAGGUGGCAUCAGCGACGAUAGAAGCACAACGUCCGCGCGGGGCAGAGUAGGCUGGUGGAAGAGCUUCUUCGGUUCCGGCGAGCCUGUUGCGCAACCACCGCUUGCAGACGACUCACCCGCUGCACCCAAGGGCGUCAUAGUAAAGGAACUGGAUGCGCUCAAGGAGCAGAGCGGAGUCGCCACAAAAGGCUUGACUGUCAACUACUAUGUUGAUGAAGAGAACUCGUUCCCAAGCCCGAGUGAGAUCGAGAAGAGAAUACAAAGGCAACCGGAGGAGAAAGGCUCUAGAUUGAUCAUAGUGUCAGGGCCAGAUGGCUUCAUCGAACAUUGGGCAGGCAAGAAGCUCUGGGCCAACGGCAGAGAGGUGCAGGGCCCACUGGGAGGCCAACUAGGGCGCAUGCACUUAGAUGCCGAACUCGCCACUACCCUCUCACAACCAAUCAGCAACAAGGAUCCCAACUCGCGACCAGACUGCUUCACAUCCACGUUCCAAGAAUGCAUGUUUAUCGUCUCGGUGACGAUGGCUGUGGCCAUGACGAGCUUUUUAACCGGCUCCAUCACCGUCAUGAGUUCCUUCGCAGGUCGAGAUUUAGGCAUGACGAACGCGGAAAUCACAUGGAUGAAUGCUGCGACGUCUCUUACAGCAGGUUCUCUCCUCCUCUUCUUCGGCAGCAUAGCGGAUCUUUUCGGUCGCAAGUCCAUGUUCAUCGGCUCGCUAUUCUUCUUCUCCGUCUUCUGCCUCGGCGCCGGCUUCUCACAGUCUGGCAUGACUCUCGACAUACUUUGUGGCGUCCUAGGUAUCUUUUCCGCUUCCUCUGUGCCCCCGGCUCAAGGCAUGCUUGGCGCCAUCUAUGAGAGACCUAGUCGGAGGAAGAACAGAGCAUUUGGGUGUUUUAGUGCAGGAAACCCCAUGGGCUUUGUGUUUGGAACUAUUCUGUCUGGACUAUUCACCCAGGUCUUUAGCUGGAGGGCUGGUUUCUUCCUGUUAGCUAUAGUAUACUUUGUGACAAGUAUCGUUGCGGCUUUUACUGUACCAAGGGAUACGCAGCCGAAGCAGACGCUGGACAAGGAGACGUUGAAGAAGCUUGAUUUGCCGGGUACUGCGUUGACUAUCUUUGGGAUCGGCAUGUUUUGUGCGGCUUUGAGUUUGGGAGGCGAUGCGCCGAACGGGUGGAAGACGCCUUAUGUUCUUGUCCUACUGAUUCUAGGCAUCAUGCUAAUUGCGGCUUUCAUAGUGUGGGAGAUCAAGUACCCAUAUGCUAUGAUCGAUAUGAAGAUCUGGUACGACAGGGGUUUUUCUCUCCUCCUCGCAAUCCUCUCAUGCGGGUUUCUUGGGUUCCCGGUUCUAUCCUUCUGGAUCGCACUCUACUUCCAAACAGAGUUGAACUACAACGCACUUAUGACCGGCGUACACAUGCUACCCAUGGUCGUUGUAGGCCUCACCGCUAAUGCCGUCGCUGCCCUAAUCCAACACAAAGUUUCCAACAAACUGCUCGUAGGCAUCGGUGCCGCCGCACUAACCAUAUCCUUUACUCUGGCUGCUGUACAGAGGUACGGGGACUCAUAUUGGGCUUUCUCUUUCCCUGCGCUAUGUUUGUGUGUGAUCGGGGUGGACUUCCAGUUCAUCGUCGCUAAUAUGUACGUCCUCUCCUCGAUGCCUACCAACAAGCAGUCUAUCGCAGGUUCGCUCUUCCAGACUUUGACUCGUCUGUGUACAGCCAUCGCAUAUGGUAUCGCGACUGCCAUAUUUGACGCUGUGCAAAGAAAUCCUGCUACCUCUGGUUAUUAUGGCAACAAUACUGUCGAGCCAUUUGCAGCAGUGUUUUGGUUUGCGGCUGCUGUUUCUGUACCCGGUUUGCUUCUGGUGCCUUUCUUGAGAAUUGGUACCCAGGGUCACAAAGGGGAUACUGGACGGGUGAAAGUUGGUGGUGCAGAGAGGGGUUUGAGUGGGGACGAUGGACAUGUCGUUGCUGCAGUAAGUGAAAAGCAUGGGCAGAGUGAUGUAGAAGUGAGAGGGGGUGGGGUCUAA